ACUCCAAACCGAAGGCCGCAACGACGUCAUUUUAGUGGCCGUUAUAUCGACUCUCGAGAAAACGUCAAACUUUGUUCGGCCGUUCCAAGGAAGAGAGAUCAGAAUUUUUCGAUUGUAGCUUCGAGUUUCUCCGGGGUUUACGUCCGCUUGAUCGUCGAGUGACUUGGAUGGAUGAUAGGGAAGAUCUUUGUAACAUUGAGGGGGAUGGAGAUGGGGACGGAAGAAACAGUUCGGGUGUCAGUUCCUCAACAUCUGGUAAAGCUGCUGAUAUUAUAUUGUGGAACUUAGUGGCUGAUAUUAUACUGUGGAAGCGAUGGCAUGUUUCAUGUGGCAUCAUCGUUGUUGCGACUAUAGCAUGGCUCCUUGUUGAGCGUUCCGGAUUAUCGUUCUUAUCACUUUGUUCGGAUGUCAUGUUGUUCUUGAUUGUACUGCUGUUUCUUCAGGCCAACUUCGCUGUUUUCAGACACGAAAAGCUCCAGAAGUUACCUAAGCUUGUCUUGUCAGAAGAAAUGGUUAAUAAUGCGGCUGCAUCAUUUCGCCUUAAAGUUAAUCAUGCUCUGCUAACGGCUCAUAAUAUAACUUUUGGCAAAGAUUUCAGACUUUUCUUCAAGGUGGUGGUUUGUCUAUGGCUCUUGUCUGGAAUUGCCUACUUGAUCUCUUUCUUUACGCUUGCAUAUAUAGGAAUCAUUUUAUCCAUCACAGUCCCUGCACUGUACAACAAAUAUCAAGAACAUGUUGACCUCUUUGCUGGUCAGAUCUGCCAACGUGUUCGGAACUACUACAAUUUAGUGGAUGAGAGUGUUAUUAGCAGAAUCUGUAGGACAGUCGCCAUGUGACAAUUCAUGAGUUUUCCCCGAAAGCAGUUUAAAAGUUGGAUUGUAUUACAUGAGUUGCAGACAUUUCUUCAGCAGACUGAAGCGGGAUUACUCGGUCCUUUCACUCGACGUUGAAUUGGGUUUUUUUCUCGAGGUUAACCUGUUCCUUUCACUCUACGUUGAAUUGGAUUAUUUCUCUUGGUUUCUCCUGAUUCUAUCAAUGAUACUAUACAAGCUCAUCAUUAAACUUA